GCCCUCUUUUCCCAGCUCACCGCAUUCUUCCUUCCUUUUCCUACAUUUUCCUUGGGCACGAGACAUUCUGCUCUACUUUUACUAAACCCCAUGCCAAUGUCUUGAUGACUUUUUUGUCCCACUUUGCCUCUCUUUGAAAAAACCUCAACCUCUCUUUCUUCCACACACACCCACACACAGCAGCAGCAACAGCAACAGCAGAAGAGUUGAACAGAGAUGGUGAAAGCAGGGGGCAUUUUGGUGUGCAUCCUGAUCAUAGGCCUGGAUAUCGCGGCCGGUAUCCUUGGCCUGGAAGCUGAGGUUGAGCAAAACAAGGAGAAGCACUUGAGGGUCUGGAUAUUCGAGUGCAGAGAGCCCAGCCCCGAGGCGUUCAAGCUCGGCCUAGGCGCCGCGGCGUUCCUCGGCUUGGCCCAUGUCCUCGUCAGUCUGUUCGGUGGCUGCAACAGCUGCAUUUGCUCCCAGGACGACCUCCAGAAGGCCUCCCCCAAUCGCCAACUCACCAUGUCCUGCCUCGUCUUCACCUGGAUCGUGCUGGCGGUCGGGCUGUCCUUGCUGGUCAUCGGCACGCUGGCCAACCACAAGUCGAGAGCCUCCUGCGGCUUCACGCACCACCACUUCCUCUCCAUCGGAGGCAUCCUCUGCUUCGUCCACGGCCUCUUCUGCGUCGCUUACUACGUCUCCGCCACCGCCACCGAAGGCUAACGAAGAGGUGGGUCGCGAGUCCUGAUACCUCAAUCUUCAGACGGUUGACUAAUGUUGUUCUGCUCCCCAGUGUUUCGCUUCGCUUCCUGUGUUUUGGACUAUGCUUAUGGAGGUACAUGACUGACCAUAUGUACUGUUAGUGUUAGAAUCUUUAUGAGGACGACCACUUUAAC